CUCCUGUUUCGCUCUGUCCGUUGUAUGCCAGGUCGUUUGGAUAAGGACUCGGAGUAUUCAUAUCCUGAAGAAUUGAUCGAGGACGGCCAAGAGCGAGUGACUUUUUUCACUUCGUCUUUCUCAAUCACUUUCGCUUGAAACACUUCUUGCUAGCAGAGUUGUUUUUAACAGCCAUUCCCAGUCUCUGGAGCAGUAAUAUUUUGCCCGGUUGUUAACAGCCACUCGUUUCUUCUGUUUAUUAAUCUUCUCCUUCGUACCGCGUUGCCUCAUCAUCUCCUACGACUUGGUGGCAGGAGGGAGACCCUGUGAAAGACACGCGGAUCCCGAAUUUUGUUUACCAUUCGAUCUCGAUAUCACGGGGAAUUGAGAAACCGCUUUUGCCUAUUUGUGUGACGAAGAAAAUCGCUGUUUUGGCAGAGAAAGUUUGAUCAUAUCCAGGAUUUCGGAUUCAGAUAUUUAUUUACCAACAACUCCGCUCCCGGUACCAUUUUUUGCCAAAAAAAAGGGAAUAUAUCUCUUAUGCAUUUGGAAAUCCGAACGCGAAAAAUUGAAGAGAAUUGUGAUGGAGCGUUCCACUUCUUUGUCAAGACAACAGGAAACUCCUGGAACCGUGCGGUGCGAUAAUGGCUUCCGUAAUCGGGCUAGAUCCUUGUUUCGUGGUACAUCAAGCAUCAGUGCACAAAAUGUGGGAUCUGCCGCUUCUAAUGCACGAGCACCUCGAAUGUGGCUGUCUCUUUUCUCUGAUGAAAGAAUCGGAAGGCCUCGACGACGACAGAGUGACCACACGGUUGGAUAUAGGAGAACACAGCCAUUGGACCCUUCGAGCAUUGAAAUGGCCGAGGCUGGAUUAUCAGGACGACACUUCCAAACUCAAACGCAUGUGAAUGAUUCACAUCACAAUCUGUCACAGACCAUCGCGGGAGCUACACCCGAUCAUUUUGGAGCACGGGCAAGACGAAAAUACGACAAUCGAUUAAAACAGGGCCGUUUCUGUGGCGGCCCUGGGAUGAGAUCUAAGGAAGCGAGGAAGAAGCUUGUUGAUUGCGCCUUGGCUUCAUCUCUUGUUCUAAUCCUCUUUAUCAUAUAUCUUUCGUUGUCCCUUUCUAACAUUGUUCAAACUCGUGAAUUCCACAUUGUGCUAAUACUAGCCUUGACGGUAUUUGUGAUAUAUUUUUGCCAUUCCUUUAUUCUUUUUUUCAUGCUCUCAUGGCGAACAAGCCCGACACCUCUUCCUCCCGCUGCACCAAAAGCGGUCAGCACCCUGGAGUACGCCCUGCCAGAUGAGCCAAUACCGGUAAUUCUGGCUCGAGAUGAAGAGAUCAUGAUGGAAGUAGACUCGAAUAAUCGCAAUGGCAGCAGCAAGCACUUGGGUGGACUUGCUCCACCGCCACCCGCCUAUGGCCUCUGGAGGGAUAGUGUGAAAAUAAACCCAAAUCUCGUCCACUGGCAGCGACGCGACCCAACUAAUUCGCACGGAAGAGGCACAGGAAAUGAUAACGUCCACGAAGCACUGAAUCGUCCCCCGAGCUAUGAUGGAGACCUUCAUCGCGUCAUUGAUGAGCAGCCACAGUUGCGUCUCCACGUACCUGACGGUUUGGAUAUUCAGCCUGGAGAGCUUCUGGAGCAGAAGCGGUGAAUUAUGUAUAGUAUUAUCACCCUUGUAGGAAAUAAAAGGAUAUUUUUCAU